CAGUUAAAAAGGAAACUUCAUCAAACGACCAGAAGUUACAGUGGACUUGCUGGACACGAACUAUGACUACGGGUCAAUAAUGCACUACGGGACUCGAGCCUUUGCCUAUGAUAAAAAUAAGCUGUCCCUCAUCCCUUUGACACACACUGCUUGGGACAUUGUUGGUCAGCGUGAGAAGAUGAGCGAUUUGGACAUCAUGAAACUGAAUAAACUUUACCAGUGUGAUAUCAUAAACUGUUCUAGUCCACCAACCCCAACAGCUGGCUACAAAAUUGGUGACGACUUUGGUGUGGGCAAGAUGGUGAUAUUCGGAUGCGAAGAAGGAAAGAUUUUGAUUGGACCAUCAACUCGCUUCUGUCGAUUUGACGGACGUUGGUCAAGUUCUGAUCCAAAGUGUAUCGAUAAAUCGAACGUUCAAACUUGUGAUUUUGAAGAAAGUUUGUGUGGAUUUGCACACGAUGAAGAAGAUGAUGUAGACUGGGUGAGAAGAACUGGUCCUGCACCUACUGAAAACACCGGUCCUAUCGUGGAUCAUACGAAAGAAGAAACAACAG